ACCAUAAAAAUUUUAAAAAUGUCAAGAAAUGCGAGGUUAAUUUUUAAAAUUAUUAGAGAAAUUUUACUUAGGUAAAUCACAGCAUUAAAAACUUACUUACCACAUAAAUUUAGCUUGUUAGAAAAAAAAAUGAGUAACGGAAUAUUAAGCAGAAAUAUUAGAAAAAUGGUUCAAUACAAUUUAAGGAAUACAUUUUAUGAUUAUCAGAAUCACUGUGGGACAUCUUGCAGUACCAUUAAAUGUUGGAAAUGGGAUAUAACUCCUGUAAUAUUGAUGCACAAUAAACCUAGUUUAAGAUAUGCAGUUCUCAUUUUAAAUAGACCAAUAUCACAAGAAGAAGCAUUUAUGAAAAACUUUUGGGAAAAAGCCACAUUAAGAAUAACAGUAGAUGGUGGAGCAUUAAGAUGGGACCAGUUUCUCACCAGACUACCUGAGGAAAUUAGUAAUAAAAUGAAAAUACCAGAUUUGAUUACUGGUGAUUUUGAUUCAAUAACAGAAGAAACUCUCCAAAAAUAUAAAAAGAAAGGUUGUAAGGUAGUGCACACCCCAGAUCAAGAUUAUACAGAUUUUACAAAAGCACUGAAAGAGUUGAAUAAUCACUGUCAAGAACAUACAAUUGAGGUGGACAAUGUAAUAGCAAUAGGACAGGCUUCAGGCAGACUAGACCAAAUCUUAGGAAAUAUACAAACUUUAUAUCUAGCUGAAAAACAACAUUUACUUCAUCCUGAAACUAAACUCUACCUAAUGUCCGGUGAUUCAUUAUCUUGGCUAUUGGAACCUGGCAAUCAUAUUAUAAGCAUUCCCGAGGAAACAAGGAAGCAUAACAGAGCUUGGUGUUCAUUAGUGCCUAUUGGAGAAACUUGCCACAGUGUCACAACAAGUGGAUUGAUGUGGAAUUUAGACAAUCAAAGCUUGAAAUUUGGAGAACUAGUCAGCACGUCGAAUGCAUUCGAUGGUUCAGACACAGUCAAGAUCAAAUGUAGCCACACAAUUCUUUGGUCUAUGAAGGUGCCCAGUUUGACAGGAGAAUAACAUGGUGGAGUUGAGAAUGAAUAAAAAAAUAUAUUUGGUAUUUAGUUCCUGUUAAUAAGUAAUGUCACUAGAGACAUAUUCAAUCAUCAAUUUAAAUCAUGGAAAUGAUCAACAAUGUUAUGUCGUUUAUAUUCUCUUCUAACGAGGAACCUCAAUCAGUGAUAUUAAAUUUUAUAAUUCGAAUACUAUUUAAAAAAAUAAUAUAAUUUUAUUAAUAUGUAUCUUUCUAUAUGUACUACUUAAUGUUAUUGUGUCAAAAAAUACUACUGUACCUGACAAUAGGGGUAUUGUAUUAAUUAAAUUGAUUUUCAGUUGUGGCACUUUACAUCCUGUAUAUAAGGCUAAUGAUCCACAAGUCACACAACAAACAUUUCAAUAAGGGUGCCGAUAAUUGUACAGCUUACCCUAUACUAAGUUUGUCACCAUAAAUUAUAUACAGGGUGUUUUAAAGAAACGACUCCCAAAAUACUUUCUACCUCAACACAAGAUGACGUUUAUUUAUUUCAAUCUUAUGACCGAGUGCUGAUUGUCUGAAAGUCCAUAUUUCAUUAGAGGCAACAGCAUCCACAUAUCGCCUAGUAAAGAUACAUGCAUUAAAAACUAAAAUACAUUAAAAAUGCAUAAUAGUGGUUUCUUUCAUGUCGUAAAGACGUAAGGGUGUUGACCGUUUAAACCUACUGUUUGCUGUGCAACGCUGUGCAUGACGUCAUUUGGGGUUAAUAAAAAUGAAAAGCUAACUUCACACACCAUAACAAUAUUUUUUUUUAUUGCUUAAAUGGGUGGACGAGCUCACGCCCACCUGGUGUUAAGUGGUUACUGGAGCCCAUAAACAUCUACAACGUAAAUGCGCCAUCCACCUUGAGAUAUAAGUUCUAAGGUCUCAAGUAUAGUUACAACGGCUACCCCGCCCUCCAAACUGAAACGCAUUACUGCUUCACGGCAGAAAUAAGUAGGGCGGUGGUACCUACCCGAGCGGACUCACAAGAGGUCCUACCACCAGUAAAAAUAAAUAUAAACCUCACAUAACCGCAAACGCGAUUGAGAGGCUAUACAAAAAACCUUACGUGAUAGUAAGUGGUAACCGUUUUAACCCAUAGACAUCACUUAUCCACAAAUGCUACCAUUCGUUGUUAUUGGUGUUAAGCCUCAUGAGAACAAAAAUGUUAGAACGAUUAGAUUUUUCCAACAAUCUAUAAACAACUACUUACUAACAUUUAGUAAAAAUGUGAAAGAUAAAAAAAUUUUAUUUAUAUUAUUUUGACAUUGGUGUCGAGUAUCCUAGAAACUAGAUUAAACCACCUGUUUUUAUUUUAAGAAAGGGUUCCUUAGAAUUGUUGUAGCAGUUAAUUGUUAGUUUUUAUAAGUAUUAUAUUAGGUAGUUUCUAUGUAUUUAUCGUAGCUCGGUAUGGUUCUUUCUAUAAAUGAGUCGUCUAUUAUCAAAGGUGGCAAUCUGUCCAUUUGGACAAAAAAAAUUUAUUGAUAUGGCAAUACAGAUUGAUUUGAAUAUAAUCGUCUCCUUCAAAGAAUACGGUUCAAAACCUGCAUUAAAUAAAAGUUAAUACUUAACCUGUUAUUUAUCUAAGAUGUCGUUCAGAAGAGUCUUGUGACUGCCAAUGGAAUACAAAGUCAAUAAUUCGUUUUUCUGAUUUACCAAUAAUUGUCCAAAAGUCACAUUGCCGGCUUUGAUAAUAGUCGACUCAAAUAUCUCAUAAUUCAAUAAUAACACGUCAUAUUUAAUAGUUAUCUACAUUGUGAAAUUAAUGGCACGCGUUCUAAUUAAUUAAUAAGCAAUAAAUUGGUUUCUCAAAAUGUUGUAGGUUGCUAAUGUAGCGUCGAUAGAUGCUUAUAGAAUUGCCAAUUGUAUGGCUGACGUAAUUGUUUAAAUCGUUUGAGUGUUGGGUAAGGUAGUGAAUAAAAAUUUGAAAUUCAAAAUAUUUUUGAAAUGAUCACUAAAACUUGUCUGUCUGUCUUACUAACACGAUGAUAUUUAAUUCGAUAUCCGAAUAAAUGGGAUGAUGGUUUAUGAUUUUGCCAAGCACUACUCUUGCUAGGGCUAGUGUUAGCAACAACCCAGGUUAGUGCCCGGUUAACAGUGCUUCUAGGUACCUCAAGCACCGGUCACCGUUCUCGUCGAACCCGUCGCUUGCGACGAAGGGCUCGACGAGUAAAUUAACUCCCAGACACAGCCCACUGAGUUUCUCGCCGGAUGUUCUCAGUGGGUCGCGUUUCCGAUCCGGUGGUAGAUUCUGCGAAGCAUGACUCUUGCUAGGGUUCGUGUUAGCAACGUCAUCAGGUUUUAGCCCCGUGAGCUCACCUACAAACGUUAGGGUUACGCUGAAAUAGCCUCUCAAGGCUCUCAGCUUAGGUAGGAAAAAAAAAAAUGUGCCCGGUGAGCUCACCCACUCGUUUGAUGAAUCUAGCAUGACUCCUCGAGGUCAAGGAGUAUCCCUACAACCUUCCAAGAGUAUUGGAAUACUUGGGGUCGACAUUUCGAGCGAUGUCCAAUUUCGGAGUAAUUUGGAAGGCAAAGCCAAGUUGGCGUCAAAAAUGCUGGGAGUCCUCAAUAGAGCGAAGCGGUACUUCACGCCUGGACAAAGACUUUUGCUUUACAAAUCACAGGUCCGGCCUCGCGCGGAGUACUGCUCUCACCUCUAGGCUGGGGCUCCCAAAUACCAGCUACUUACAUUUGACUCCAUACAGAAAUGAGCCGUUCUGAUUGUCGAUAAUUCCAUUCUUACGGAUCGUUUGGAACCUUUGUGUCUGCGGAGGGACUUCGGUUCCCUCUGUAUUCUGUACCGUAUGUUCCAUGGGGAGUGCUCUGAGGAAUUGUUCGAGAUGAUACCGACAUCUCGCUUUUACCAUCGCACCGCCCGCGACAGGAGUAGAGUUCAUCCAUACUACCUGAAGCCACUACGUUCAUCCACAGUGCGUUUCCAGAGAUCUUUUUUGCCACGUACCAUCCGGCUAUGGAAUGAGCUCCCCUCCACGGUGUUUCCCGAGCGCUAUGACAUGUCCUUCCACCAUCAGGUGGGCCGUAUGCUCGUCUGUCUAUACGGCAAUAAAAAAAAGGUCACUAGAAUAGGUAGAAAAAAAAGAAGAUGGUUUUUAGGUAUUAAGGGGCUACCGAAACCUAUGAAUGCAACGAGUCUUCACCCGUCUUGAAACGGGAGAUCAAAAUCUUAAUUGUAUUAUAGAAAGGUUGUCCAAAUUGCUAAGUAAAUAUCAGCCGGAUCAAAACAAAAAUGUUAAAUCCAAAUGUGAAAGCUAAAUCAUUCGUGACGUCAUCUCGAUGUUUUUUUUAAAUAUUGUAGUUGUAGUUUAAAUACUGUAGAAUUACCUGAGAUUAUUUGUAAAAUUAGUUAUUUUAAUUUGAAUAAAUUUUAAUGUCGGUUCAUAUAUUUUUGGACUGCAAAGUUUCGCAACAGUAUAUCGUAUUUUAAUUGAUAGAACUUACUGUUAGCGUUUACUCACCUUGUAUGGAUUUUUAUUUUUUUUAUUGCUUAGGUGGGUGAGCUCACGCCCACCUGGUUUUAAGUGGUUACUGGAACCCAUAGACAUCUACAACGAAAAUGCGUCACCCACCUUGUGAUAUAAGGUAUAGUUACAACGACUGCCCCACCCUUCAAAUCGAAACGCAUUACCGCUUCACGGUAGAAAUAGGCGGAGUGGUGGUACCUACUCGGACGGACUCACAAGAGGUCCUACCACCAGGAAAUAUAAUAUAUUUAGUAUAAUACCGGCAAAACAAUAAUGUGGUUUUCCUGUGAAACAAUCGUGUAUCAAUAUUGAAGUGUUAUAUAGGCGUCAAUACAAUACAGAUUUGGACUUUUUUUUUUCUACAGGAGAAAAUCGCCGUAUAUCCACCUCCGCAUGGCGGGCGGGGUAUGUGUGAGUUGAACCUCACUAAAAACUCCUGCUGCUCACAGCCGGCGCGCUACCCCGGAUAGGGCCGAAGCCUAGUCGGAGCUAUUGAGACGGCGGGACAGGGCUUACGCAGAGCAUAUUACAUCCAUCCCGUCGGACCGGCGGCCACCAGCGACACGACCGCCGGUUCCCUCGGUCGAUAACGGUCGGUCGCAUGUGGUCACGAUCCUCAGUAGUGGGGGAACGAUAUAGAAGAUUUCUGCCGUGAAGCAGUAAUGAGUUUCGGUUUGAAGGGUGGGGCAGCCGCUGUAACUACAUUGAGACCAUAGAACUUAUGUCUCAAGGUGGGUGGUGCCUACCCGUGCGGACUGAACAAGAGGUCCUACCACCAGUAAAAAAGUUAGUGUCUUAUCUAAAUAAAAAUGUAAACGAAUGUAAAAUUGUAUCCACAUUCUUUGUGUAUGUUUAUUUAUGAAGAAUUUUGUUUAAUAAUGAAUGAAUAAUAAUGAAUAAAACUCAAAAAAUAGCUAAAUUAAUUCUUUAAUAAAUUUAAUAUGUAAAAUAAGGUUCGCAUAGAAUCUUUUUAUCUGUGAGCAGUAGUAAUCUAUGAAUAUUAAACACCAUUCAAAAUUCAAAGAGAAAUACGUAUUGUAAAAAAAAAACGUUGCCUUAUUAAUUUUAUUCCGAAUAAUAAUAGUCUUUUCAACAAAGCAACAUUAACAUUUAAAGUUUAAGUUCUACGUCACACGUAAUCGGAGGUUGAGGGAGGCAGUGCUGCCAACAUAACGGCACGAUCACGAGAUUCAUCUUCCUUAUCAUCUGAUGUCAGUUUAAAAUAGUCUGAGCGCGAACUCGACUACUGUGUGAGUUUUAAUAGAGGACCUUGCGCACCUUUGUUUUACCUGUAAGUUCCAUUUUUGAAACUCAUUUCUGGGCCUCUUCUGUUGGAUUCCUAUUUGAUUGUUACUGUCAUUAUUGAUGUUGUUAUCAUUCCUGUUUGUAAUUUAAAUUGUUUUCGUUUAAAUUUUAUGUUAUUCACUAAUAAUAAUUCUUAUUCCAGUUUCUUCGUCAUAAAUGCUUUUAAUGUUAUUUUAAUUUAACGAUUUGAUGCAUUAACAUAAUAUCAACAGUACGUCAUGAAACAUAAA